UCUAAGAAGAGAUCGUUUCUAAUUCUGGAACGGAAUGUACCACGAGUGCAUGCACUUACAUACAACGGAACGUCAUAAUCCUAAAGAAUGACAUUUAAAAUUUGUAGUUAAAUCCUUGUGAAGUAAAAACGUUAGGAAGUUUGUAGAAGAGGAAGAUUCUAUCGGCAUAAAGAUAUUAUUUUGCAUGGAUCUUUAUAUGAAAGAAGGGAAGACGAUAUGAACGUGGACAACGACGUGGAUCAAAAUUUGUUACAUCAGUUUAGCUGUUUGGGUACUACAGAUAAAGAUGAUUUAGUUAAACAGCUACAAAGAUUACUUGCUGGUAGUCAAUUAAAUGAGGCCACUGCUACCUUUUUCUUGGAUAUGAAUAAUUGGAAUCUACAAGCAGCUAUAUGUAGCUACUUUGAUUUUGAAUCACCGUUUAAGUUUCCUUGCAUGACUUUGGUGUGCGAUAGCACUAUUGGUGAGGGUGAAUCUGUUCCACCUAAUACAAAGUUUCAAAAAUCAUGGCGAGUUCAAAAUAGUGGUACUGAAGCUUGGCCCAAUGGCAUCUGUUUACAACAUACAGCCGGAACACAAAUGGGCGAUUGUAUACGAGUGCCAGUUCCAUCCUUAGCUCCUAAAGAAACAGUAGAGUUAAGUGUUACUUUGACAAGUCCAGCAAAUUUGGGUGUUUACCAAAGCAAAUGGAGGAUGAUAACACCUACUGGCUCUUACUUUGGUGAUAAUAUAUGGGUGAUCAUAACUGUUAGUGAAUGUGGGACAUUGGCAGUAACGCAACAGUUACACCAAUUAAGUACUUCACAAUCUAAUGAUGUUCAGAUGUGGUAGCCUUUGAUGGAUACAAAAUUGUCUAUAAACAUUUUUGCGACUUAUCCUUCAGAUUUUCAAAGCGUUCUGCUUCAUUCAUAGUUUUCUUCAAAUCUUCUUUGUUUUAUAACCUGUUUUCAUUUACCUAUGAUACUUUUAUUUACUUUUUAACACGACGAGUGAAUAAUUACUGAAUAAUUAUUCGGGUAACUGAAAUUUAUACGUUAGCCUCAAGCUAGAAUCGCAUUGGCUAUUUGAAAAUUGUUGGGUCGAUAUAACAUUUAUAUUUCUUUUAUUUUUCUUUUAUUUUUCUUUUAU